UAGGAGAGUCUUUUAUCUGUUGUUCAAUCUGCUAUUCCAUCCCUUGUCACAGAUCACAGUUCUCACAAAGAGCAGCAUUCAUUCAAUUCUCACUAAUUAAGAAAUGGCGGAAGGAACUCUGUUCAGCGUUGCUAGUGGAAUCAUCAGGAAAGCGGGCGACGGAGCAGUCCAAGAGAUUGCGCUCAUCUGGGGUGUCAAAGACGAGAUCAAAAAACUCAAGGAGACAGUUUCCACAAUCAGUGCUGUGCUUUUGGACGCAGAGGCGAAGAAACACAACAAUGAAAUCAAACUGUGGCUGCAAAGGCUGAAGGAAGCCAUGUUUGAUGCGGAUGACUUGCUGGAUGAAAUCUCCACUGAGGCCUUGCGACGGGAAGCGAUGACCCGGGACAAGAAGGCCAAAGAGGUACGCAUCUUCUUUUCCAAAUCUAAUCAGCUUGCAUAUGGCCUUAGAAUGGGUCAUAAGGUUAAGGCCAUGAGGGGGAGGUUUGAUGCGAUUGCAGCUGAUAGGAAGUUCCAUUUAGAUGAGCGUUCUGAGGAGGAACAAGGCAGGUAUAAGGCAAGAGAGACUCAUUCUCUUGUACGUGCUGAAGAUGUUAUUGGGAGGGAGGAUGAUAAGAAGGCCAUUGUUGAAUCUCUGUUGAAUCCCAAUGUUAAGGAGAAUGUUUCUGUCCUUCCGAUUGUUGGUAUUGGAGGACUAGGAAAGACGACAGUUGCUCAACUUGUCUUCAAUGAUGAAAAAAUCAAAAACCAUUUUGAGCUAAAAUUGUGGGUGUGUGUCUCUGAAAAUUUCAAUGUAAAGAUAAUUGCUGAGAAAAUCUGGGAAUGUAUAAAAAAUGAGAAACCAAAAGACCUUCAAAUGAACACAUUAGUCAGUGAUCUUGAAAAAGGAAUUAAUGGAAAGAGAUACUUGCUUGUGUUGGAUGAUGUGUGGAACGAAGAUCGCGAAAAAUGGAGUGAAUUGAAAAAAAUUUUAAUGGGCGGUUCAAGAGGCAGUAGAAUCUUAGUGACUACACGUAGUGAAAUCGUGGCAAAGAUUUCACAACCUAUUCAACCAUAUGUGUUAAAGGGUUUAGAUGAACAACAAGCUUGGUCUUUAUUUAAGAAGAUGGCGUUUGAAGAGGGGGAAGAACUGAAGAAUGCAAGCUUUGUUGAAAUUGGGAAGGAAAUUUUAAACAAGUGUGCAGGAGUUCCGCUUGCAAUAAGAACAAUAGGAGGUUUGUUGUAUUUUAAAAAAACCGAAAUGGAGUGGUUAUCAUUCAAAAUUAAUGAACUUUCAAAAAUUCGUCACAAUGAAAGUGAUAUUUUACUAACAUUAAAGUUGAGUUACGACCAUCUCGCAUCACAUUUGAAGCAAUGUUUUGCAUAUUGUAGUCUAUUUCCAAAGGAUUACAAGAUUGACAAAUCAAGUUUGAUUAAUAUGUGGAUGGCGCAAGGGUUCAUCACGUUGCAUGACAAAAAGCAAUGUCCAAAAGAUGUUGGUCAUGAGUAUUUUAUGGAUUUGCUUUGGAGAUCAUUCUUUCAAGAAGUUGAAAAAGAUGAACUUGGCAAUAUUUCAAAAUUCAAAAUACAUGAUCUCAUGCAUGAUAUAGCAAUACAAGUAAUGGGAUCAGAGAGCACUACCAUUUAUCCAAAAGAAGAAGACAUUGAUAAGAAAACUCGUCAUGUGUCAUUUGGGGAUAUGUUGUACUCAUCAUCAGAGAUUCCGAUCUCAUUAUAUAGAGCAAGAAGGAUGAGAACAUUUCUUUUGCCAUAUCCACCAAAGGAUGAUAACUUAAAUUAUAGUGCAAUUGUGGCAAAUUUUAAGUUCAUACGCUUGUUGGAUUUGCAUGACACGGGGGUUAAAACAAUUCCAAGUUUUAUCAAAAAGUUGAAGCAUCUUAGAUAUCUUGAUCUUUCUAAGAAUAUAGACAUUGAGAUGCUUCCUAAUUCUAUUGUCAAGUUGUACAAUUUGCAAACACUUAAACUCUCUGAUUGUAGAAACCUUAUAGAAUUGCCAAGAGAUAUUAACAAGUUAGUCAACCUCAAGUUUCUUGAGAUUGAUGGGUGUUGGAGGUUGACUCAUAUGCCAAAUGGACUGGGCCAAUUGACUAAUCUACAAACAUUGUCAAUAUUUAGGAUGAGUAAGGGUAAAAUUGAUGCAGUACCUCCUAGGAGUUACGGUGGAUUGAAGGAACUUAACAAGUUAAAUGAGCUAAGAGAAAAUCUCUCAAUUAUAGGUCUCAAUCAAGUAAAAGAUACUGCAUUAGAGUAUGAGGAUGCAAAUUUAAAAGAGAAGCAACGUCUUGAUAGGUUGAACUUAUACUGGGCAUACAUUGAUGAGACGGAUGUUGUUUGUGACAUGUCAGCAGUGGAAGCCUUGCAACCACAUAUAAAUCUCAAAGCAUUAAGUUUAAAUGAGUACGGGGGAGUGACAUUUCCACAUUGGCUUGUGACGCUCACAAAUCUUGUCCAAUUUGAAUUAUAUUAUUGUGAAAAAUGCCAAAAUCUUCCACCGUUGGACCAAUUGCCUUCUCUCAAAAUUAUCAAAUUGAACAGAUUGGAUUGUUUAGAGCACAUAUCAGAUUCAGAGAGAGAUAACAGUGAUUCUUUAUUCUACCCAUCUUUGGAGAAACUCGAGAUUAGGGAUUGCCCUAAUUUAAAGGGAUGGUGGCGGGGAAGGAGGGAUUCUCUUCCUUCAUUUCCUCGUCUUUCUGAUUUAGAUAUUAGGGGUUGCCCUCAGCUGACUUCCUUUCCUUUGUUUCCAUAUCUCGAAAGUUUGGACCUAAUGAAUUGUAGCUUGAAGCAGUCAUUAGAGAGGAUGAUGAUAAACAACAAGACUUCUUCAGGGAAUCUACCAUCAAUUGCUUCUUCUUCUUCUUCUACAAUUGUUGCCCCUCUCUCCAAAUUAAGUUACAUGAAUAUAGAGAACACGGAAGAAGCUUUGCCAGAGGAGUGCCUACCAAAUCUCAUUUCUCUCCGUACUCUGUAUCUAGACAAAUGUCCUCUUCCUCAAGGCAUGCGAUAUCUUACGGCACUUCAAAAUCUGAAUGUUUGGAACUCUGAGGUGGUUGAUUUAUCCAAUGAUUGGGAUGAGAUGGAAUGGCAAGGACUUAGGAACCUUCUCUCUUUGGGAUUCUUUGAUCUUCCGAAGUUGGUCUCUCUCCCAAUGGGACUUCAAUAUGUCAGCUCUCUACAAAAUCUCGAAAUUAAGUUCUGUCGUAGUUUGAUAGCUAUACCGGAGUGGAUCUGCAAACUUAUAUCUCUUCAAUCACUUGUAAUUUUGGGUUGCCCUAAUUUGGAAUCAUUGCCAGAAGGAAUCGGUGCCCUUACCUCUUUGCAAACACUAGACAUUGCAUUUUGUCCCAUCUUACUGAAAAGAUGCAAGAAGCAAAUCGGGGAAGAUUGGCAUAAAAUUUCUCACAUUCCCAAUUUGUAUUUAGAAGAGCCAGGUAUAUAA